CUCUGAGUCACGAUGAUAUCGCUCAUCGAUCCCGCACUGUUAUUAUUGCCAAGUCGGAGUGUGAUAAGCACUCAGUAAUGAUAUUUUAGGAGUUAUCCACUCUUUGUGCCGACCAAUUACCGCAUUAUCGUACGAUAUUCCUUCGAAAUUAUGGUUUUGAGGAUAUAGAGGAGUGAAAUACGUCAUCGUACUCGAUCACCGGGGAUCGAAUGGAAAAAGUAUUCUAUGGUCUCUGUGAGAGCCACAAGUAUCUCGAAAACAACUUGUAUUAUCCAAUUUUAUUUCACCGGUUGUUUUGGCUUGUGUGAAUAAUGGUCAAGUAUUAUGAGAACAGCACGACUUUCCAGUUCGAUUGGAGCCAGGUUGCUCAAGGCUUCUGGAAGCGGUACCCCAACCCCCACAGUUCGCAUGUCCUCACGGAGGACACGAUAUCGAGGGAAGUGAAGGAUGGAAAAUUGUACACGAAGAGACUACUGACGAAGACAAACAGGGUGCCCAAGUGGGGGGAGAGGUUUAUCAGUAAAAAUGUUGUUAAAAUUGUUGAGGAGACUGUUAUUGACCCUGAGAAGAAAACGUUGACGUCGUACACGAGGAAUUUGGGGUACACGAAAGUCAUGAGUGUUAUUGAAAAAGUUGUGUACAAAGUAUCAGAUGAAAAUAAAAACUGGACAGUGGCUCAGAGGUCAGCAUGGAUCGACAGUUCACUGUUUGGAUUUAGAAGUGCAAUUCAAGCAUUCGGCCUUGAAAGAUUCAAGAAGAAUUGCGUGAAGAUGAGCGGUGGCUUCAACUAUGUCCUUGCUCACAUGUUCCCAAGCACAGCCCAGCACAUGAGUCCAACACUAGCACAGAUGGGAUUUGCUAAUUACGAUGAUGAACCAUCAAUGACGAAAUUUAGCCACGCAGCUGAGGAUCUCCAGCACUCGCUUCACGACAAAGCAGAAAAAAUGAAAGACGCCGCGAAGAAAGCCACAGAUUUAGCUAAAAAGAAAGCAGGCCCGAUGUACGUGGCUUGCCAACCAAAUCAGUCUUAAAGAAAUUUCAUCAUUCUCCUGAUUUUUUAAACUUCAGCAGUGAGGGAUGCGAGGGGGUUGUCACAAAAAAGGUCAAACAUUGAAAUAAACUCAUCAAUAUUGAAAUCUAUCCAUCAAUCCAGUAGCGAAGUCGUAAAAUUGUUCAAGUCAAUUUUGACUACUAGUCUGUUUCCAGUGAAUAUCUCGAGAUCUAAGGAAGAUAGAAAAAUUUUCAU